UGCAACAUCGGCGAGUGUAGGAAGAUCGGUUAAUAAAAUAAGUUUGGCCCUGGUAUUUUUCAGCGUACACAGGCUCUCCGAGACAAAUAUGCGCGGCCUGAUGCUCUGCAUAGCUCUCUUGGUGGCAUCUACCACAGGAGAUGAAAUUAGAGACGUGAGGGUGGAGGUCGGCCGUGCCCUGGAAACCAUGGGCGAGUGGCUGCAGAAUGAAGGCGCACCUGGCACGGAGGAGGAGCGUGCCGCCCUCCAGGAGGCGCUGCGACAAAUCGCCGAGCUUCGCGCCAAGGACGUCGACCUCGAGGAGGUGGACCCCUAUGUCUGGGACAAGGUCACCGAAGUGGCCACCGGCAUUGCCAAAAAGGCUGUCAUCGCUUUCGUUACCCAGCAAGUGAUUGGUCUUAUUGGCGGUGCCAUUGGCUGAUACAUCAAAAACAGAAGUGGUACACAGUAGCAGCCCUGACAAUCUUGAGGAUUUCAUUGUACACUUGUUAAUAAAGC